ACACUCUUGAAAGAGAGAUGAAGAGUCCCUUGAGUGCCUAUUAAACUUCUACUACAAUUGGCAAGCUCUUGGAAACACAGUGCAACCAGCAACCAAAGGCAAUGCAAGAACUAGAUAAACAUUUUGGACAGAUGGAGAAAAUAGUGAAUGACCGCUUAACCAAUAGCCGUGUUAGGUUCCUAAUGAUGGAUGUGAUUGACUUGAGGCGAAACAAGUGGGUUCCAAGAAGAGAAGACAACAAGCCCAAAACCAAGGCUCAGGUCCAUGAGGAAGCAAAGAGAGAGGAGAUUGAGCAGCAGAUUGCCCUUGCUUCAACUCCAAACCGAAGAGAUGAUAGGAGAGAUGACCGUGACCGUAAGAGGAGCCGUGAUAACCGUGGUCCUCCUAUGUCUGAGGAUGGAUGGAAUACAGUUGCAUCCACCAAGAAUAGGGCAUCGUUUGACUCUUCACGCCUCAAAAAUACUUUUAUUAAUAGGCCGGGAGCAAGCGAGGGCAAGGAAGUAACGUUGAGAGGUACAGGAUUCAGCAAUUGGGCACGUGGCAGCUCAGGGGGUGGCUUGAAGGACCACGAUGAAACAAAGCAAGAAAGUAAUAGGUUUAAUGUGCUGGGAGAUAGUAUGGGAAACAACUCUCUACUUAAUGAUAAUAGAAGAGUUCCUUCAUCAAUGGGUGGAAACAGACUGGCUCCUGGAGGAGGGCCACCAAGGCAAGGUGUCUUUAGCAGUAAGAGUAUGCCGCCUCCUUCCAAUGACAAGGAAAGUGCCUUGUCUGCAGUCAAGAAGUUUGUUGGCCCUGACCGAAGCAAAUCUACUAGUCGUCCAGAAUCAAGGGAUAACUCAGUGCCUAGGGAAACUGGUGAAUCUCUUAAGGGUUCUCCAAAUAUUAAUUCAGCAACAGCUGAAAAGUUUGCCAUUGCAAUCAUUGAGGAAUUCACCCACAAUAAUGAUCCUGAGGAGGCCAAGUUGUGUGUCAAAGAGAAGUUCUCCACCAGCACCAUCAAGUACUUUGUGCAGGUAACACUAGAUUGGGUGCUAGACCGUGAUUCAACAAAGAGGAGGAUGGUUGGACAGUUUUAUCAUGACCUCAUUGUUGAAAAACUCCUCUCAGUUGAUCAGUUCCUAGAAGGUGGCCAAGAAACUCUGCCAAUGACAGAAGAUUUUGCAAUUGAUAUUCCUCAAGUGUGUGAUUACUUUGGUGAAAUAUUUGCUCCUUGCCUGAAUGACAAUGCAGUUUCGCUUCAACGACUCUGGGAUUUAUCAAGAUAUGCUGAAAAUAAGAGUGCUGAUGUCUUUGCCAGUAUAUUAGCCAAGGCUGCUAAGAUUAUUAGUCCCAAUAAAGUAGCCGAUCUCUGGAAUUCAUCAGGACUAAGUUGGUCUAGUAUAGUUCCUCCUGGUGCCAAUGUUGAGGAGUUCCUUGCCAAGCGUGUAAGUACCUUGUUCCUCAUGUGAUGGCAAUUUGUACUG